AUGGCCCUUCCAAAACUCCAAUUCAACUUGUUCCUCUCCAACCCCAACUCUGCCAGUUCACUCCCCGAAAACCCGUUCACCGUUCAGUGCCGGCAGGCCGCCGUUCUUCCUCCUUUCACCGAGAAAUGGAGCGUUGACAGUUGGAGAACGAAGAAGACGUUACAGCUGCCGAAAUAUCAAAAGCAGACAAAGGACAUUGAAGAGUUCCCCCCACUGAUCACCCCGGUGGAAGCCAGGAGUCUCCAUGACAAACUGGGAGAUGCUGCCUUCGGAAAGGCUUUCCUUCUCCAAGGCGGCGGGGACUGUGCAGCAGAGAGCUCAAAGGAAUUCAAUGGUGAUCGUAUCAGGGAAACUUUCAACAUCUUGCUCCAGAUGGCCACUGUUCUCAUCCUAGGGGAGACUUGUACUUGUGAUGCACAGGUGAGUGACAGGAUGGAUCCAAACGAGCUGGUGAAACUGAUUGACAUCUUAAACCCUGCCAACCUCCCGGGGAGAAUAACGAUCAUCAGCAGAAUGGGUUCCGAGAGACUUGAGAGUCAGGCUUCGGGAAUUGAUCAGUGCUGUGCGUGGGUCAAAGCAAAUCGUGACAUGGGUCUGCGAGCCCAUGCAUGGAAACGUCAAAGUGCUAUGUGGAGUUGUGGACUGAAGAGUGCUCGUCCGUUUGAUCAUGUUUUGAGCGACUCAAACAUAGGAGGUGUCGAGGAUGUAGCCACCAACACAGCAAUUAACCCUCCUCGACACUGCGGAGAUGGUUAG